GUGCGUCGGCAACGCCCAUUGGAGAGGCUGGGUCUCGGAGCACGCGGCCACACCCCGUCUGCGCAGAGCUUCGGACAACAGGUAUUAAAAUGGAGCCCGCCGAGCCGAAGCGAACCUGCCUGCCGAUAGUGGAGCGGGGAUGCUGCUGCGAACUGGCAACGUGCUGUAAAGUGCAGGGAUGGCUGUUGAUAGUCGGUGCCACAUUGAACAUACUGAAGAGUAUCGCCCAAUUAUACAACGUCUCCGAAGGGUGCAAUGCUUUAAAACAGCAAGGGCGAAGUUGUUUUGGUGACGAGGAUCUCAAGUCUAUCUUCUACUUCUUCAUUUGUUCCCUCGUGUUGAACAUCAUCAUCCAGAUCAUCUUCCUGGUGACCGCCGUGCUGUUCCUUCAAGGCAUCGCCAAUCGCAAUCCCAGCAAGAUGGCCCACUACAUCCGCCUGAUGUGGGUUCAGCUAGUCGUGGGCACCAUUGCUGUCAUCGUCAUGUCUGUUCUUGUAUCGCCUGUACUCCUACUCGCCUUCCUCUUCAUUGGUUUACCCAUCUACUGUCUCAUCUGCGCCAACAGCCUCAAGAUCCAGAUGGAAACGAACAAGAACGGCCAGGACUUCGCGAAUCCGAUGGCCUAAGUCUGCGCAACCUCCGCGCAACCUCCAUGCAGGCAUCCGCAACCCCACACUCCCAGCGUGACGUCACGUUUAAACGAAUGUGACGAAAAGAGUACUCCAAAGAAGCUCUGGCGCGGAAGAAGAACAAAAACGGAAGUAAGAAA